AUGCACCACAAAUAUAUCACACCAGUCGCAUUUGCAGCCGAGUACGCCUAUCCAAUCAAGCACAUUUUGGCGAACGUUUUACCGAUUACUCUGCCUCUGUACCUUAAAGGUGCGCACGGCCUCUCCAUUAUGGCAUUUGUCACCUUCGAGUUUUGGGAGGCUGCCGCACACCACAGUGGAUAUGACUUUUUGAAACUACCGCCGGCCGAGCUGCACGAUUUGCAUCAUGGGAAGUUUCGUGUCAACUAUGGAACCAUUGGCUUGAUGGACUGGAUCCACGGGACCGAUGUCGUGGGGUGGGACCGGCCGAAGACGCGAAAUGAGUGGAUGUGA